GCUCCACCGACCCUCAACUUCGAGAACUUGAAGCCAUGUCUCGCGGAACUGCUUCGCACCUGUGUGCACCCACCGGCGCUGGUGCUUCAAGUUGAGCACGUGCUUCUUUCAGGUUAUUAUGACCACGAUCGAACCCAGGUAAAAAGAACAAAAGAACAGAGUCAAGAGACCAAUGACAAUAAUCCGGACGCCGAGAAUGACACCCAGCAAACAACUCCGCUCUGCGUGAGACUUGCGCUAUCAGACGGAGAACUUCAGAUCCAAGCUGUGAUAGCAACUAAGAUACACACGAAGGAAUUGCUGGAGCUGCGACGAGGCGAUCUUCUUGAAGUGAAGAAAUUCCAGGUCAAGAAGGCUCCGAGAGUUAAUGGGCAUGGAAAGGUUGUUUAUCUCGGCAUCAAGGCAUGCGAGUGGGCUGGAACCACCAGAGAAUUUGUGGACAAGGAGCUUGGAGGGGGAUUCAUUCUUGGAGAAGAUCAAGACCAGACCUUUGGGAAGGAGGCUCUGCCUACAGCCAUUACUUUCCCCUUCAGACACGUGAUUGAUUCAGCAGCAACAAGAACGCUCAGUAUGGGCCGCAAACGAUCCAGAGAACCUCAAGGCGACCGACUCGAUCGGUCGAAACGCCGUCCUCCCGAAGAUAAGCGGGCAGUUUCGAAACUCAUUGCGACGCCUGCUCGGCCAAAAGUGCGCUUCGCCACUCCCAGUGGUGAACGAGACGACUCAGACGACGAUGAUUUCGAGACCAUCAUCACCUCUCCGUCAACCAUCCAACGACGCCGCGAGGGCCUUCGUGAUGUCAGCCAGAACACACCAAGCAGAGCCGUCACCACUUCGAGAUCAUUUCAACUUUUCGACGGAAAAGGCACUACCGUUGAUGUUGGGGGCAGUGCGCCGCCCGCCUCACCGGGUAAGGCAAAGGUGAGAACGCGGCAGAAAGAUCAACAAAGCAGAGUCGGCUUCCGCUCGAGCAAUAUUGACGACUCUCAUUUAGUCAUCGGAGCAGUCGAAACUCAAUCCCCAACUUCAGCUGCAGCCCGCACGGAUCAUCCACUACGUGCAACAGAAACGCCUUUACCACCCUUACAGCCACCCUCCACACCUGCACUGUCAUCCAAAGCACCUGUCCACAGUCUCUCGACAUUGCUGCACUCCCACACCGUCCCCCGGCGGAACUACACCUGCAGCGUGUUCGGCGUGAUAUCCUGGAUCUCGCCGUCUGUGAUUCAAAAGCCCAGCAGUCCGUUUCCGCCGAAACGGCACGUCAAGAUCCACGACCCGAGCAUUUCAUCGCGGCGUGCGGGCGUGACGCUAGCGGUCUACGUUGAUGCGAAGGCGUUUGUGCCGGAGGUGGGAACCUUGGCGUUGUUUCAGGGUGUCACGAUGCAGAGGUGGGAGGGAGAGGUGAUCUUAAAUGCGUAUGCGAAGUUGAAGGAUAGUGGAGAGGAGUGGUUUGUUAGUGAUUGUGGGAAAUUGGAGGAGAUGGGGUUUGAUGUUCACGGGUUAAAGAGCUGGUGGGCGGAGCACAAGGAGACCCAAGCUACUUGCUCCAGU